AACAAAAUAAUUCAAACUCAAUCUAUUUGAAUUUAAUGAAAUACUAUGAACAAAAAGGACAUUUUUGUGAUUCUCUUUACGAUUUUCAAUUCAUUACUGGUAUUUGAACUCAACAGGUUGUGUUAAUAGAUAGUUCUGCUGUACUUUGUACUCUUAAAUGUUUAUCUCGUAACGGAAAUGCAUUAGUAAAAAAUACAAGUAAAUAAUGGCACUAUUUAAGUUAUUGAUUGUCAUUUUCAUUGGAGGUUUUGUAAGGAAUGUGAUUCCGGUAUACAAUCCACUGUUAACGUAUACCGUACGUUUUAAAAAAAUGUCUGUACAUGGGAACAUCACUGGGAACUUCACGAUCGACCAAUACAAAGAUGAUCAAUAUGUAAAUGGAAAUAUUACUAUACAUUCGAAAUUAUUAGUCGACAAAGUUAUCGGAAUUUUCCAUCGUUGCGAUGCUGAUGGCAUUAACUGUGAAUACUUUCAAACGUGGACAUUAACAGAUAUCUGCCCUAAGUUGAAGGACAAGAAUCAAAUAUGGUCCCGGUGGUACGGUUCGUUUGAUCCACCAAUGGUUUGCCCAUUAAAUAAAGUAAAUUAUCGAUUGAUAAAUGCAACAUAUGAUAUUGACCAAGGGGUUCGGUGGUAUUCUGAUGUAAUUAACUACCAAUGGAAAGUAGUACAAAAAAUGUAUGCAGGUGAUGUAUUUAUCGGUAGUUAUAUCUCCCAGUGUUCAAUAUUCAGUUAUAGAAAAAAACUCAAACCGUUACUUAAACAAUUGUAAUGUAUUUAAACAUAAUCAAAUGACAAAUGAUAAUCACUUAUAAAUUGUUCUAUUUUUUUAUUAAAAAAUAUGGUGCUGGUAUAUUAG